GCAACUGGUACAGGAAAUUAAUAAUUACUACAACAUAUGUCUGGGGGCAUUUAUGAGUUUGAAGUGGGAAAUAGUUAGUUUCCUAUCUUAGCCCUUUGUGGUAGUUAGUGAUAUUUAUUUUGUAUGUUAUUGGAUUGCUUCAUUAUUUCGAUUGUAAAUGGAAGGUUGUCAUAAUGAAAAGUGCUUUCAGAGAAAAAGGUGAUGAUAAGGCCGAAUCAGAUGACUCUGACAAAAAACCAUUAUCUGGCAAAUUAUCAGCCGUGAGAGAUAACCAUCCCCAGCAGAGGAACAGUGCAGUUAUGAGUAAUCAUCGUUUAUAUCGUUCUGCAGUCAGACCAUUCUUUUGUUGUGGAAGUCAAUUUUCACUUAACAGCAUUUCUGAAUUUAUUGAAAUUCCUACAUCAUCAAUAGAAGCCGAGGAGACUGAAUAUGUAGAUAUAACAGAUGAUGAAGAUGAAGCAGAGUUGAUGAACUCCUUAUCUAUAGAAGAUCACACAAGCAUUAAAGUUGUCCCAGAGAAAGUUUCUCCUAGACAAACAAAUUCAAGACGGAAAAAAUCAGAAAAUACUCAAGAUAAAGGAACAAUGAGGAAGAAAUUUUUUACAUUAAAAUUACGUGGACGUCUUCAAGUGCCAAAAAACACUCGUAAAACUGAUGAACAAGAGGAAGUGAGUACUGAGAAGUGUGUUUGUACAUCUUUUCGUAGAACAGAGGAAGCAGGUGCUACAUCAUCUGGGAGCUUGGGAGCUACAGGAUCAUUAACUUGGACUAGUAAUCCUUUUUAUUCAGAAGAUAGGGUACAGUCUCGUCCAAACUCAGUAUGGGGUCAAACAGAUCUUUUUCUCCUAUCUCAAAGAAUUAAUUUUGAUGAACUUUAUCCCACAGAAGAUAUUGAUGAACAACGUAUUGCCCAAAGGGCAAGGGAAAUGGAAGAAGGCAUUGAUGUUAAUGACGUUUGGGUGAAAGCUCCUGUACUUGGUGCUGUAGGUGGCAGUGUUGAACCAUGUCACCAUCGUGGGUCUUGUCAAAGAAUAAAUAAAAAGAGAGAAGACUUUUAUGGAGAAAUAUCUUAUCCUCAAGUAAGAGGAACAUUCUUGCCAAGGACAUUGAUGACGUCAAGUGAGAUGAUGGCAUCCCGUGAACUAUUGGCUAAUCCACACUUAAAUCGACCAAUGAGUCAACCCCUACAGUCGCAUUCACAAGUUGAUUUUAUUCAUUGUUUGGUUCCAGACAUAAGUUCUAUAACAAACUGCAGCUUUUACUGGGGUGUAAUGGAUAGAUAUCAAGCAGAACAGCUGUUAGAUAAUAAACCUGAGGGUACAUUCCUAUUACGUGAUAGUGCUCAGGAGGAUUAUUUGUUCUCUGUCAGUUUCCGACGUUACGGUAGAUCUCUUCAUGCUCGCAUUGAACAAUGGAAUCACAAAUUCAGUUUUGACAGUCAUGAUCCUGGAGUAUUUGCUUCAGAAAGUGUAUGUGGUCUCAUAGAACACUAUAAGGAUCCUAACUGUUGUAUGUUUUUUGAACCCAUGUUGACUAUUCCUCUUCACAGAAACUUUCCAUUUUCAUUACAACAUCUUUGUCGUGCUACUUUAAGUGACAGAAUUACAUAUGAUGGCAUUAAUUUUCUUCCAUUACCCAGAUCUCUGAAAGAGUACCUCACAUAUUAUCAUUACAAGCAAAAAGUGAGAAUUCGAAGAUUUGACUUGAAUACAUGAGAUUAUAUAUAACAUAUAGAUUGGGUAUUACUAAAGGAUCUCUUAGCCAUGUUAGCCAUUGAUUCCAUCAUCUUCUAGUGUGUUAUUCUGCACAAUUUUUUUGUCUCUCAUUUUCAAGUCAUUUAAAAGCAAUUCAAUUGCUUCUAUUCCCUUGUCAAUAAAUGUUAUUUUUAAAUUUAAUGUUUUUUGUUACAGAUAAUGAUGUUGGUAGCCCACAUUAGGUCAUAAUACACAAAAGCUCAUCAAAGAUGGCUUAUUAUUUUAUACAUUUUUAAUAGGUUUACCUACAUGUACUGUAGUACUUAAGUCAGAUGAGUCAAACUAAUUCAUUGGAGCAUUUUUUUUACAUGAUAUACUAUUUCUCAUCAUUACAUAUUAUAUUUCAUAAUCCCUAUAACUUGAGGUUGUGAUCACUAUUAAAAGAUUUAAGUCUAUAUUUGUACUUACUAAAGAUAACGUUUCUCCUUUCUUUCUUUGCCAUUUAAGGCCUUUUGAAAAUAUUCCUUGAUUUAUCUUUGAUACUUUUACUGUCUACCUCAGUUUUGAGCUCCUCUGGCUUAUGCUAAAGUGAGCUCAAGCUACAAUGUAUCAUUUGCUGAACUUUGUCUGGCAUCUGCUGUCUGUUUUAAGGGGGCAGGCCUUGGUUUACAAAUUUGAAAAAUCCUUUCGUUUUAUUUUUCCUAUAUUUAACACACUUGAAAGGGUACAUAUACAUGUAUCUCAUUUUAAUCAAACUUUGCCAGAGUGGUGUUUUAAAAGUCCUCAUUUAAUAAUAAUCAUGUAUCAACAGAGGCAGUCACUGAUACAGAUUGACUGGAAUAAAUAAAGGAUCAGUUUCCACGAUAGGAGAUUCAGGAAUAUUCCUCAACUUUUCUAAUACUACUUAAGUAUUUUCAGGUAAAUUUAAGAACACAAAGUCAUAUCAGCAUUAAAUCUUAGUCUGAAUCAAAAUUUAAUUUAUAUACAUGUAUUGUAAAAUUUAAGUUAUUCAUUGUUUUAUAAUUAUGUAUGUACAUAUAUUUAUUAUCAGUUAUUUAACAUGUUUGAAAAGAUAGUUGUGUACGGCAAAUAGGCUGGACUGCAUCAAAAGUAGUUUCUAUUUAAUUUAAAACAGUGUACAUGUUAUAUAUAUAUGACAAUGUAUAAAUGAUAGAAAAUAUAAAACUGAUUCUGUUACAUUUUGCUCUUUUCAUAUUCAGAUUAUUUUUUUUUAAAGAAACCAGUUUUUAAAUAGCAAUCAUGUAAGGUCAUAAUCAAAUCAUUUUGCGUUUUUACGUGCAAUUAUUUGAAAAAGUAAAAUUAAUGGAUUAAUUGUGUAUAUUUAGCUUUACUGAUUUUCCCAUAUUUUAAAUUGUUUUCUCUAUCACCAAGCUUAAGGCAAUGUUUCUUUAAAUAAAAAAGUUCAGACUGUUUACUUUGACUUUGAAAUGAUGUUUUUGUAAACUUUGUCAACAUGGUCAAUGCCUUGGUGUUUUACUAUAUAUGACCUGUUUUUUUGGGCUGUUUGAUCAAAAUACAUAUUAGAUGAGAAUUGGUGAGAGAAAGAGACAAAAUUUCAUAUAAAAAUGUAAUUGUGUUUGUUUAAGCUGAGAAAUCUUCUGUUGGAUGUCUUUUGUGGAAUUCUUUUAUAAACCAUUUUAUAAAGAAAUGUUGACUUAACUUAAAUUAACUGUUGGAAAAUAUGUCAUGUCCAUGUAUCUUCAAAAUAAUAUGUCAUUUGAGCAUUUAGGAAAAACAUGAUUAUAGUCCUGUCAAAACAGAUUUUUUUUUUAUUAUAAACAAUUUGAAAAAAAUAAAGCUUUAGAAAAAUGUGAAAGUGUGCAAUACCUCUAUUUUUUUUUAAGUAAAAAGUUUACUUUAAAGAUUCUACAAAAUUUUGUUCUGGAAACACCUGUAGCUGUGUCAUGUGUGUAGUAUUGAUGUAACCAAUGCACGUACUUCCAAAGGUGUGAUUUUAUAAGAAAAUUGUGAUUCAGUUUCCUCCAAAUGAAUUUCAAAUAAAAAAAAAUGGCUUUGCUUUUUAGCCUGAUAGGAUUCAAGUCUCAUGGUUUCUAAUCUAUGGCCUGUCAGAAUUUAAAACAAAAAGUUUAUUUUUUUUAUUUUGCUCCACCUAUUAAAGACUUUCAGACCAGUAGAUAUUGUGUAAAUCUUCAUAUAAAUGGUUGACAAAUUGUUGUAGAUGUAUCAUGUUACCCUUGGUAAAUUCAUUUAUUGUAAACAGUGGUGCUUAUUUGUUUUGUAGAUUUAAAUUCAUUACAUUGUAAGUUGAAAGUUACGUAUACAUUUAUUAAAUUAUAUUAUUUACAA